GAUUGUCGUAGAAGGUCAAUAGUCUCUAAUAUUAUGAAACCAGUUUUGUACUGUAACAGCUGAGAUGGAUGUCGAAGCUGGAACUUCGACGACUUCUCCACAAAGCUUUUCAACUGACCGUCAUGCAAAGAAAAUUUUAUCUGCUUUAAAUGAAAAUAGAAAGCUACUACGCUUUUGUGAUGGCACUGUUGUUUUAAAUGGUUCAAAAAUACCUGUCCAAAAAAAUGUUCUUGCUGCAGCAAGUCACUAUUUUCGAUUGGUCUUUAAUUAUGAUGACUCUACACAUACUCACAGUCACACUACAGACCCGUCAGUUGUCGAUUUAACAUCUCUAGGUAUUGGUGAGGACACGUUUGGUACGAUUCUAGACUAUAUUUACACUUCAAACAUCAGUUUGUGUGAUGAGAACAUACAAGAUAUAUUACAAGCAUCAGAUCUACUUCUACUGAUUGAUUUAAAGGCACUAUGUUGUGAAUAUAUAGAACAGUGUAUCACUCCACAGAAUUGCAUUGGUAUAAGAGAAUUUUCAGCACUGUAUGCCUGUCCAUGGGUACAUCACAAAGCUUCCAGUUACUUGGAUGAACACUUCAGAGAUAUCAGUCACUGUGAAGAAUUCUUACGACUACAAACCAAAGAUUUGAGGGAGAUUCUCAAAAGGGAUACCUUGAAUGUAAGGUCUGAGGAGGAUAUAUUUAACAGCAUUCUUAGAUGGAAUAAAUUUGAUGAGACUAGCAGGAAAGAAGAUUCAAAAGGGAUAAUCAGGGAUUGUAUAAGAGUGAAACAGUUAAAUACUAGUAGACCAUACCUUCAAAGAAAUUGUCCUGCUGAUCCAGAGUUUUAUGCUUGUCUUAAAAGUACACAUGAUCUAAGUCCAGAAAGGAAAGAGGAGGAUGAACGUUGUCGGGGAUUUACUGAUGUCAUUUUGGCUGCUGGAGGGGAAGGUCCUAUUUCUAUAAAACAAGAAGAUGUAGAAAUUAAAUCCUGUGUUAGAUGUCUUUUACCGGUGUUCUUGGACAACAAAGGAGAAGGCGUUUGGAUAGAUCUUCCAAGUUUGAUUGGGAGAAGGACAGGCCAUGGCGUAGUAGAUGUUGGAGGAUGUCUUUAUGCUUGUGGGGGACGAGAUCAGAACUGUGUAAUUCUAAACACUUGUGAAAAGUAUGAUCCCUUGGUCAAUAAAUGGUGUGAAAUUCCUAGAAUGAAUCAUGGCCGUGUUGGCUUUGGACUGUUGGCUAUCGAUCACAACAUUUAUGCCAUAGGAGGGAGCAAUGACAUGACAGAGCCAUUGACAUCUAUGGAAGUCUAUAACAUAUAUACCAACAAGUGGUCAGCACUGCCCGACAUGAAUCUCAAAAGGGUGUGGUCAUCGUAUUGCAAUGUUGACAAAAAAAUCUAUGUAAUGGCAGGUGGAGCCGUGGGAAAGUUGUUUGAAGCUGUAGAAUGCUUUGACACUCGUACAGAAACUUGGACCUCAGUUUCACCGAUGAGGGAAAAGAGAUGUGAUGCUCGGGCAGUAGCUGUGGGUAAAGAUAUUUAUGUAUUAGGUGGUUUUAGAAGGAUUGAAUGUCCAAGUGCAAUGCAUGGGGGACACAAUAUAAAAUUCUGUGGAACAGAAUUAUACUCUACUAGAAAUGACUAUUGGGCACAGUUACCUACUCGUGGAACAGGGCUUUGUACAAUGUCCGACUCAUCACAGGUUUAUGGGGCUCUCUAUGAUGGAGAAGAAAUAUUGGUUGUUGGGGAUUUAGACAUGGAAGGUACUUUCCAUUGUGUAAGAGCUUACAAUAUACAUACUGGUAUGUGGCACUGUAUAUCACCCAAUCCGCCACUUAACCAGCGUAGUUACCCUGUAUGUUUAUUUAGACUUCCGACUUAUUUAUUAGAACAAUUUCGACGGGAACAAGAGAAAGAAACAUUCAUAAGAACAGGUAGUACACUUAGUAUGUAAGCUUUAUUUAGAAAUGUAGUGAGAAAGUGUGUAUUAUGUGGCAUGGAUGUUUGAAAAUAGAAGAACAUGUGUUGUACAUGUGUAAUCCUGAUUUCUAUAUGUUACGAAAAUGUCUCCUCUAUGAGAGUUAUCAUUGUAAUUUUUUAGAAAAUUUAUCUGUAAAAGGCAUUUUAUGAAAUUUGAUUUAAAUAUAAAAAAAAUAUGUCAGUCAAAGAAAAAAGAUCAAUAGUCCUUGUGGACAACAAUGUGCCAAAAUAUAAAAAAAUGUGAUAUAUAAUUAAACAAAGUAUUUCAAUCUGCUCUGAAUGAUAAUUUUUCUUGGAAAGUCUGUUGUUUACCUAAUGAUUUUCUAGGAUUUUCCUUUCAACACAUGUCUAAAUCUUGUACUUAAGUUUUAUUUAUUCAUAUAAUUUCUAUUUGAGGUAGCUGAAAUAUAACCACAAGUAUUCAACAACUGUGGUAAAAAUAUCAAAUAUAAUAAUUUUCGUUAUAAUGAAAUAAUAACAUAUGUACUAUAUCCUGCAUUUUUAUGCCCCACCUACAAUAGUAGAGGGGCAUUAUGUUUUCUGGUCUGUGCGUUCAUCCGUUCGUUUAUUCGUCUGUUUGUUCGUCCGUCCGUUUGUUACACUUCAGGUUAAAGUUUUUUAUCAAGGUAGUUUUUGAUGAAGUUGAAGUCCAAUCAACUUGAAACUUAGUAUACAUGUUCCCUUUGAUAAGAUCAUUCUAAUUUUAAUGCCAGAUUAGAGAAUUUAUUCCAAUUUCAUGGUCCAGUAAACAUGUACUGUGGACACAUUCUUGUUUCAAGUCAUUUAAAUCCAACUUUUAUGUUACUGAUAUCUUUUAAACUGAAAACCUUAGGAUAAAGUCGAGUAACACAGUUCUCAUCAAAAUUUACUCAUGUAUUAAAAAAUUUCAAUUGUUGUUAUGUCAAAUUGUUAGUUCAAGUUUCUUUUGUUAAGAAACAACUGUAUUGUUAUUACAUUAGGAUUUUAUUUAUUACAAUAUUUGACUUUUUUGUUGUAUUUUAUUUUAAUUUAACAAUUAACUACAAUGGUGCAUGUUAUAGUAUGAAACAUAGAUGGUGAAUAUUCUGGGCUUUUUUAUGAUAUUGUGAUGGUUAUUACAUUCAGAUUUUAAAUCUGAUAUAUGAUGCAUGUAAAUGAUGUAUAUAUAUAUAUUAGCUUUUACUUUUAAGUAGCUAAUUAUUUAUUGUUUAUUUGUUAAUACCAUUAACAAAAAAUAUGCCAUAAAAAUAAGCCCAUAAUGGUGCUUACUUUUUUUUUAUGAAAUUAUAAUCAAUUAAGCUAUUACUGGUUCUUAUAUACAUCCAAUGUAUAAAUUGUUGAAAUAUACAGAGCAUGAUUAAUUUAUUCAAAGUGUAGUAAGUCAAUGUUAGUUUAAACACAUUUAUUUAUAGUGGAUUGGGAAACAAGUUUUGCAACUUAUAUUAAUCCCUUUCCACUUUGCGGGUGCAAGUGCUGCCUUGUAGCGGCAUUAGCCUACUCUUUUUCGAAAUCUACAAGGGUGUCUUUAACGUGCAAGAGAUAUGGCUCUCUCUUAACACAGGUCAGCCAUUUAUCGUCCCCGUCCCACGGACUAUCAUCGUUUCCUCAAGACCAUACUCGCAAAUGGUUAAAGGGAGAGCCGAAAAUUGAGUUAAUGAAAUUUUCAUCCCAAACGGGAAUUGAACCAGGAACCUUUGUGUUAGUAGUCCGAUGCACUAACCACUACACCACGGCUCUUAAAUCUUAAGUCAAUGUUAUGUUUAUUGACAUGUAUGUACUCAUUUCAGAAUUUUUGCCAGUACAGCUUUUAAGUUUUUCCCCAAUGAAAUAUGCAUGUUUAAUUUUGUGUAAUAUAUUGUAACUAAAGGAGCAUUAUUUAACCAAAACUUUAGAAAAUAUAAUGUCAAAUUAUUUGUCAUAUAUAUGUGAUUUCAGCUUUAACUUAAGGAACUGCAGCAUUGAUAGUUAUGAAAGUCCCUGGGCUCAAGUUCUGCACCAGGAAAUAUUAUUUUGACAAAAUUAAUGCACAGUUUAAUGUUUAUGCACUGGUGCAUAAAACACACUUUACUAUGUUAAAUUAUUAAUUUGCUAUACAUAUUGCUUUGUUGUGAUAUAUAUGAAUGCUUUUUUUUCUUCACUUUUUCUCAAUCCAUUUCUACUAUAUUGUAAACAUAAUACAAUGAGCAGGAAUAAGAAACCAUGCCCAGUUCACAGAAUUGUGCUGUCUUUUUCACCAAUGAUGACCCCCAUCAAAAGUACAUCAGCAUUUUAACUGUUGUUUUAUAUUUGCUGUACUAUGAUAUACGUGUAUGCUUGCAUAUACUUCUAUUUUGGUAUUUACAUAUAUCAUGUAUAUGCUUGAAGUGUUUGUUACCUUUGUAUAUUUUUGACAAAAUUAAUGCUGGCAUAAACAUCUAUGCUGGCAUAUACAUCUUUGUUGGCAUAUACAACUAUGCUGGCAUAAUCAUCUAUGCUGGCAUAUACAUCUAUACUGGCAUAUACAUCUAUACUGGCAUAUACAUUUAUGCUGGCAUAAUCAUCUUUACUGGCAUAUACAUCUAUACUGGUAUAUACAUUUAUGCUGGCAUAAUCAUCUUUACUGGCAUAUACAUCUGUGCUGGCAUAUACUUCUAUUUUGGCAUAUACAUUUAUGCUGGCAUAAUCAUCUAAGUUGUAAGUGUUUGUUACUCUUGUAUGUUUUGAAUCAUUUAUGUGACCACAUGUAAAUAGUCUAUUUGCCAAUUGUUUGAUUGAUUGCUUGAUUGGCAUUUAAUUUUGUCUUGUUAUUACCAGUCAACAACUUGCAAAGGGAACAACUUGUGUCAAAAGUGCUACAACAGAAUUAAAUCAGUAAUUGACAAAUAGGCUAUUUUUGAAAGACUUGUUUUUUACAAUGCUGUUCAAGAGGAUAUCAUUAAAAUGUUAAGUCUAUGGUUGGUGUAUUUGUGCAUGUUGCAGUGAUUAGUAUUUUAGACAUAAUAAUUUAUAAUACAUUUGUGUACUUGUGGAAAAAGAAAUAUUUAUGUUAGUUCACUCGAGAGUGAUGAAAGUUGUUUAAUGUUUGCCCUGUGUAGGUCUUUGGAUUAUAAGAUUGUUUAAAAAAAUAUUUGGAUUUGUUAUGCAAUUUUUUUUAGAAAUAUUGUGAUUCUAGCAUAAAAAAAAAAUUAGUCUGGUAAUAAUCUUUUAAGAUUUCGCAAGUUAUCAUCUUGCCUAACAUGGAAUAUUGUAGAAGACUAAGAUGUAAAGUUUUUUAGAAGUCUAUAACUUGUUACUGAGUCAUUAAAAGGUGACUUAGGCAUGCAGUUUUUAGCAACAGUGUCAGCAACACUUUCUUAUAGUUUGUAAUGAGGUUAGUUAAAGGGGAAUUUUAAGCCACUAAUAAUAAAUCUCUGGUUUUUAAAUUUAUUUAAAGAUUUCCUUCUCAUGAACAUUACAUUUGUCAAAAAUUAAGUAUUAUACUGACUCACUUUCACUCAAUGGACUCACUUUUACACUGACAGCAGCAAUCUGAACAGGGUUCUACAGAACACUUUACAUUGAAGAUAUUUUACCCUCUUUUUGUUUUUGUUUCUGAUUCUGAUACAUGUAUCUCAAUAUCUCAAUGUGCUGAAGAAUUAGAACAAGUUUUGCAUCUGUUUUUUUGUUUUUUGUUUUUUUGUUAAGUAUGAUGUAGAAGUAUAUGAUAUGUGGCAUGAAAAUGUUUGAAACACCUUAAAUCUAUUUAAGAAAAAACAGAUACAUAUUUAAUUACUAAAUCAUAGUAAAUGUACUACUUUUGAUCAUAUUCUAGUCAUUUUCAUCUUUUAUAAAACUGCUGAAAAUGACUAGAAACAGUAAUGUAUUGAUUUUUGUUGUUGUUGUGAAAUAUAAUAAAUUUUAAUUUAUAAGUACCUGUUAGUUAUGAUUGAUGUAUGUUUUUAUUGCAUUGCUGUAGUUUCUAUUAAUAGAAUGUGCUGAGAUGUAAUUUCAUCUCCUUAUUGUAUCCUGCUUCAGAAAAUAAAGAA